CCCAGUGGAUUUGGAAGAUUACCUUCUUACACAUCCACUUGCAAUGGAUUCCGGUCCUUUGAGAGACUUGCUUGAAUUUCCUUCAGAUGAUAUUGAAGUUAUCUAUACUCCCCGAGAAUGCAGAACACUUGUGUCAGCUGUACCUGAAGAGAGUGAAAUGGACCCUCAUGUCAGGGAUUGUGUAAGAAAAUACACAGAAGAUUGGGCCAUUGUGAACAGAAAAUAUCACAAGCUGGGGACAGGAUUUAAUCCCAACACAUUAGACAAGCAGAAGGAGAGACAAAAAGGCCUACCGAAGCAGAUCUUCGAGUCCGAUGAAGCUCCAGAUGGCAGUGGUUAUCAGGAUGAACAAGAUGAUCUUAAACGACGGUCCAUGUCCAUAGAUGAUACGCCACGUGGUAGCUGGGCUUGCAGUAUUUUUGACCUGAAAAAUUCCCUCCCAGAUGCACUACUUCCAAAUCUUUUGGAUCGAACCCCAAAUGAAGAAAUUGACCAUCAAAAUGAUGAUCAGAGGAAAUCCAACAGACACAAGGAACUUUUUGGCUUGCAUCCAGCCCCAGAGGAGGAGGAGCCAAUAGAAAGGCUGAGUAUCCCUGAAGUCCCCAAAGAGCACUUUGGGCAGAGGCUUCUAGUGAAGUGUUUGUCACUAAAAUUUGAAAUUGAAAUAGAGCCAAUUUUUGCAAGUUUGGCAUUGUAUGAUGCAAAAGAAAAGAAAAAGAUUUCAGAAAACUUUUACUUUGAUUUAAACUCAGAACAAAUGAAAAGCAUGUUGCGUCCUCAUGUACCGCCUGCUGCCAUAACAACGUUGGCCCGGUCAGCCAUCUUUUCUAUUACCUAUCCCUCUCAAGAUGUUUUCCUGGUAAUAAAGCUGGAAAAGGUGUUGCAGCAGGGAGAUAUUGGGGAGUGUGCAGAGCCAUAUAUGAUUUUAAAAGAAGCAGAUGCUGCUAAGAACAAGGAAAAACUGGAGAAACUGAAAAGCCAAGGAGAACAAUUUUGCCAAAGGCUUGGCAAAUAUCGAAUGCCUUUUGCAUGGACAGCCAUUCACUUAAUGAACAUAGUCAGCAGCGCGGGAAGUUUGGAGAGAGAUUCAACAGAACUAGAAAUUGCUGCAGGAGAACGCAAAGGAUCUUGGUCAGAGAGAAGAAAUUCUAGCAUUGUUGGUAGGCGUUCUUUGGAAAGAACCACUAGUGGGGAUGAGGCCUGCAACUUGACAAACUUCAGACCAGCUACCCUCACAGUGACUAACUUCUUUAAACAGGAAGGUGACCGUCUGAGUGAUGAAGAUCUGUAUAAGUUUCUUGCAGAUAUGAGAAGGCCAUCUUCUGUUCUACGAAGGCUGAGACCCAUUACAGCCCAGUUGAAGAUAGAUAUUUCUCCAGCUCCAGAGAACCCACAUUACUGUCUAACUCCAGAGUUACUGCAAGUAAAACUUUACCCUGAUAGCAGAGUUCGCCCAACAAGAGAGAUCCUGGAGUUUCCUGCAAGGGAUGUUUAUAUUCCAAAUACAACAUACAGAAACCUUCUGUACGUAUAUCCUCAGACCCUUAACUUUGCCAACCGGCAAGGAUCUGCCCGGAAUAUUACUGUAAAAGUCCAGUUUAUGUAUGGAGAAGAUCCAAGUAAUGCAAUGCCGGUUAUCUUUGGAAAAUCCAGCUGUGCUGAAUUUUCAAAGGAAGCCUACACAGCUGUUGUGUAUCAUAACAGGUCGCCUGAUUUUCAUGAAGAAAUCAAGAUUAAACUCCCUGCCACAUUAACUGAUCACCACCACCUGCUUUUCACUUUUUAUCAUGUCAGUUGCCAGCAAAAACAAAACACUCCGCUCGAGACUCCUGUUGGAUACACGUGGAUACCAAUGCUCCAGAAUGGACGGUUGAAGACUGGCCAGUUCUGCCUUCCUGUUUCAUUGGAGAAGCCACCGCAGGCGUAUUCUGUGCUUUCUCCAGAGGUGCCCCUGCCAGGAAUGAAGUGGGUAGAUAAUCAUAAAGGAGUUUUUAAUGUAGAAAUAGUCGCUGUAUCAACCAUUCACACACAGGACCCUUUCCUUGACAAAUUCUUUGCACUUGUUCAUGCUCUGGAUGAACACAUGUUCCCUGUGCGGAUAGGUGACAUGAGAAUUAUGGAAAACAACUUGGAAAAUGAAUUAAAGAGCAGCAUUUCAGCAUUAAGUUCUUCUCAGCUGGAACCUGUGGUGCGAUUUCUCCAUCUCCUGCUUGACAAACUGAUUCUUUUGGUUGUAAGACCUCCUAUUAUAGCAGGCCAAAUAGUUAAUCUGGGUCAAGCAUCUUUUGAAGCCAUGGCAUCUAUUGUAAACAGACUACACAAAAACCUAGACAGCAAUCAGGACCAGCACGGCAGAAACAACCUGCUCACUUCAUAUAUUUACUAUGUUUUUCGCCUACCAAACACCUCUCCCAAUUCACCAUCACCAGGCCCUGGUGGUUUGGGAGGAUCAGUGCAUUAUGCUACUAUGGCUCGUUCAGCUGUCAGACCAGCAAGCUUAAACUUGAAUCGCUCAAGGAGCCUUAGUAACAGUAACCCAGAUAUAUCUGGGACUCCAACCUCUCCUGAUGAUGAAGUACGGUCAAUCAUUGGCAGUAAGGCUGCAGAUCGAAGUUGUAAUCGUAUGUCCUCGCAUACAGAGACGGCAAGUUUCUUACAAACUUUAACAGGACGGUUACCAACUAAAAAGCUCUUCCAUGAAGAACUGGCUUUACAGUGGGUUGUCUGCAGUGGGAGUGUACGUGAGGCGGCUCUUCAGCAGGCCUGGUUCUUCUUCGAACUUAUGGUGAAAAGUAUGGUGCAUCAUUUGUAUUUUGCUGACAAACUCGAUGCGCCAAGGAAGAAUCGUUUUCCAGAGCGCUUCAUGGAUGACAUAGCUGCUCUGGUCAGCACAAUUGCCAGUGAUAUAGUCUCCCGGUUUCAGAAGGAUACGGAAAUGAUUGAAAGACUCAACACUAGUUUAGCGUUCUUUCUCAAUGAUCUAUUGUCUGUCAUGGAUAGAGGAUUUGUCUUCAGCCUUAUUAAGGCCUACUACAAGCAGGUGUCAUCCAAGCUGUAUUCCUUACCGAAUCCAAGCACUCUUGUGUCCUUGAGGCUAGACUUCCUUCGGAUUGUCUGUAGUCACGAACACUACGUUACCUUGAAUUUACCCUGUAGUCUGCUGACGCCCCCGGCAUCCCCUUCACCUUCAGUAUCAUCAGCAACAUCUCAGAGUUCUGGAUUCUCAACGAAUGUUCAAGAUCAGAAGAUUGCAAAUAUGUUUGAACUGUCUGUGCCUUUCCGCCAGCAGCACUACUUGGCAGGCCUGGUGCUUACUGAGCUUGCUGUCAUUUUAGAUCCUGAUGCAGAAGGUUUGUUUGGAUUGCACAAGAAAGUCAUCAAUAUGGUACACAAUUUGCUGUCCAGCCAUGACUCCGACCCACGGUACUCUGACCCACAGGUAAAGGCCAGGGUAGCUACACUGUACCUGCCUCUGAUUGGAGUGAUCAUGGAGAGUGUUCCCCAGCUGUAUGAUUUCACAGAAAGUCACAAUCAGCGUGGAAGGCCAAGCUGCACAGCAGUGGAAGAAUAUGAAAGUGAGGGUGGAAGCAUGAUAAGCCAAACAGUUGCUAUGGCUAUUGCAGGAACUUCAGUCCCACAGCUUGCCCGGCCCAGCAGUUUUCUCCUUACUUCAUCGACCAGCAGGCAGCAUUCACCGUUUUCAGCCGAAUCAAGUCGGAACCUUCUGAUCUGUCUCUUGUGGGUCCUGAAGAAUGCAGAUGAAAGUAUUCUGCAGAAAUGGUUCACAGAUCUGUCUGUGCUGCAGCUCAACCGCUUGCUGGAUUUGCUUUAUCUCUGUAUUUCCUGCUUUGAAUACAAGGGUAAGAAAGUAUUUGAAAGAAUGAACAGCCUGACCUUUAAGAAAUCAAAAGAUAUGAGAGCGAAGCUUGAAGAAGCUAUUCUAGGGAGUAUUGGGGCAAGGCAAGAAAUGGUACGGCGAAGCAGAGGACAGCUGGAAAGAAGUCCUUCUGGAAGUGCAUUUGGAAGUCAAGAGAACCUGAGAUGGAGAAAGGAUAUGACUCACUGGCGCCAGAACACAGAAAAACUUGACAAAUCAAGAGCAGAGAUAGAGCAUGAAGCACUUAUUGAUGGCAACCUGGCAACUGAGGCAAACCUAAUUAUUUUGGAUACUUUAGAGAUAAUCGUCCAGACAGUCUCUGUGACUGAAUCCAAGGAAAGUAUUCUUGGUGGGGUACUGAAGGCUCUUUUGCAUAGCAUGGCCUGUAAUCAGAGUGCACUUUAUCUGCAACACUGCUUUGCCACUCAGCGAGCUUUAGUCUCAAAGUUCCCAGAACUGCUGUUUGAAGAAGAGACUGAGCAAUGUGCUGAUUUAUGCCUUCGACUUCUUCGCCAUUGUAGCAGUAGCAUUAGCACCAUACGCUCACACGCCAGUGCCUCUCUGUACCUCCUUAUGAGGCAAAACUUCGAGAUUGGAAAUAAUUUUGCCAGAGUGAAAAUGCAAGUGACCAUGUCACUGUCGUCCUUAGUGGGAACAUCUCAGAAUUUUAAUGAGGAAUUUCUGAGGCGUUCUCUGAAGACCAUUUUGACCUACGCUGAAGAGGACCUGGAAUUAAGAGAGACAACAUUUCCUGAUCAGGUCCAGGAUCUUGUUUUCAAUCUCCAUAUGAUCCUGUCUGAUACAGUUAAAAUGAAAGAACAUCAGGAAGAUCCAGAGAUGCUGAUUGACUUGAUGUACAGAAUUGCAAAGGGUUACCAGAAUUCUCCCGAUCUCCGACUUACCUGGCUGCAGAAUAUGGCCGGAAAGCACUCUGAGAGGAGCAACCAUGCAGAAUCUGCUCAGUGUUUGGUCCACUCUGCUGCACUUGUUGCUGAGUACUUAAGCAUGCUUGAGGAUCGAAAAUAUCUUCCUGUUGGGUGUGUUACAUUUCAGAACAUCUCCUCAAAUGUGUUAGAAGAAUCAGCAGUUUCUGAUGAUGUUGUAUCACCAGAUGAAGAAGGGAUCUGCUCUGGGAAGUAUUUUACUGAAGCUGGUCUGAUUGGAUUGCUGGAGCAAGCUGCAGCUUCCUUCUCCAUGGCUGGCAUGUAUGAAGCAGUCAACGAGGUUUACAAAAUCCUUAUUCCAAUUCAUGAAGCUAACAGAGAUGCUAAGAAAUUGUGUGCAAUUCAUGGUAAACUUCAGGACGCAUUCAGCAAGAUAGUUCAUCAGGAUGGUAAGCGGAUGUUUGGUACAUAUUUCCGUGUUGGCUUCUAUGGGACAAAAUUUGGAGACCUGGAUGAACAAGAGUUUGUUUACAAGGAGCCUGCAAUAACAAAACUGGCUGAAAUUUCUCAUCGACUAGAGGGAUUCUAUGGAGAAAGGUUUGGUGAAGAUGUUGUUGAAGUUAUUAAGGACUCUAACCCUGUUGACAAAUGCAAAUUAGAUGCCAACAAGGCCUAUAUUCAAAUAACCUACGUGGAGCCCUACUUUGAUACAUAUGAAAUGAAGGACAGGAUAACCUAUUUUGACAAAAACUACAACUUGCGGCGAUUCAUGUAUUGUACACCUUUCACCUUGGAUGGCAGAGCUCACGGCGAGCUGCAUGAGCAGUUCAAGAGGAAGACGAUCUUAACAACAUCACACGCUUUCCCUUACAUUAAAACCAGGAUAAAUGUCAUUCACAAAGAAGAGAUAAUUUUGACACCAAUUGAAGUUGCCAUUGAGGAUAUGCAGAAAAAAACCCAAGAACUGGCGUUUGCAACACAUCAAGAUCCAGCAGAUCCAAAGAUGCUCCAAAUGGUGCUUCAGGGUUCAGUGGGCACAACAGUAAAUCAGGGACCUCUAGAAGUUGCACAGGUAUUUUUGUCUGAAAUACCUAAUGACCCAAAACUCUUCCGUCACCAUAACAAGCUACGCCUUUGCUUCAAAGACUUCACAAAAAGGUGUGAAGAUGCUCUGCGGAAGAACAAGAGCCUGAUUGGCCCUGACCAAAAAGAGUAUCAGCGGGAGCUUGAAAGAAAUUAUCAUCGUCUCAAAGAAGCACUUCAGCCCUUGAUCAAUAGAAAAAUACCCCAAUUAUACAAGGCUGUGCUUCCUGCCUCUUGCCACAGAGAUUCCUUCAGCAGAAUGAGCCUUCGCAAAAUGGACAUCUAAGCAGCUUAAAAGCACAUGUUUUUAAGGUACUGAACAAGAGUGUGCAGUGUUACCAACUCCAGGACUCAUUUUAUGAAGUUUUAUUUGGAAAUAAAACUUCAGGACUUCAUUAUGGACACCUUGCAUAUAUUUUACAGACUUACGCAUUGUGGCCAAAUUUUAAUUAUGAAUUAUCUAAUGUAGACCUAUCAGUUAUAAAAAGAACACCAAUGGCAACAGUAUUCCAGAUAUUGGUGAAAUUGUCUGAACACAACUGUUUAAAAAAGACUUUUUUAAUAUUGAAAGGUACUCUAAUGCA